AUGGCAGAGCACGAUGUCGAAUUGUCGGCAAGAGAUACCAAGAGCAUCCAGCACCAUGCCAACUACGAAGAUGCCAUCGGCAGCGACGGGAAAGCAGCCGUCUUCAAGGGGCAGAUUGAUCCCGUCUACGAAGCGAAGGCAAACGUGCUGAACAGAGCUAUCCAAGAAAUUGGAAUGGGAAGAUACCAAUGGCAACUGUUCACGGUAGUGGGUUUCGGUUGGGCGUCUGAUAACCUGUGGCCUAUCGUCACAUCACUUAUUCUGACACCCAUCAUCAACGAGUUCCAUGUACGAAGAGGACCACUUCUGAGUUUGGCCCAAAAUAUCGGUCUUCUUGCCGGUGCCAUCUUCUGGGGCUUCGGAUGUGACAUCUUCGGCCGUAAAUGGGCUUUCAACUUGACACUCGGUCUGGCCGCCUUCUGGGGUAUGAUUGCGGCUUCCGCGCCCAACUUUGCUGCCAUUGGGGUAUUCGCAGCCCUCUGGUCGUUUGGAGUGGGUGGUAAUCUUCCGGUGGACUCCGCCAUCUUUCUCGAAUUUCUUCCAGGAUCCCAUCAAUAUCUUCUCACCAUCCUGUCUGUUGAUUGGGCCAUUGCCCAAGUGAUUGCAACUCUGGUCGCGUGGCCACUCUUGGGCUAUAUGACCUGUCAGGAAACCGAUGCGGAUUGUACACGACAGGAGAACAUUGGUUGGAGAUACUUCAUGGUCGCAAUGGGUGGCUUGACCCUCCUCAUGUUCAUUAUUCGUUUCGUCUUCUUCAAGAUAUAUGAGUCCCCCAAGUACUUGAUGGGAAAAGGCCGCGACGAGGACGCCGUGAGCGUUGUCCAGGAAGUCGCCAGACGAAAUGGCAAGACGAGCUCACUCACAAUCGAUGACUUGAAGGCAUGCGAGCCUGAAGGCUAUGUGCACCAGACACAAGCCAGCGACGCCGUCAAGCGCAGGAUGCAACUGAUCAGCUUGGAGCACGUACGGCCGCUUUUCGCAACAAGGAAGCUGGCUUGGAGCACCAUUGGCCUCAUGUUGACAUGGGCAUUCAUUGGGUUAGGUUAUCCUCUUUACAAUGCUUUCCUCCCUUACAUCCAAGCCACCCGGGGGGUCGACUACGGCGACGGCUCGACCUCGAUUACCUACCGCAACUCGCUCAUCAUUGCUGUUCUCGGCGUACCCGGUGCCAUAAUAGGCGGCGUUCUGGUCGAGGUGCCUCGUCUGGGCCGCAAAGGCACCCUGUCGAUAAGCACAGCGCUCACCGGCGUGUUUCUGUAUUGCUCGACCACCGCGACGAGUUCCCAGUCGCUGCUCGGCUGGAACUGCGCCUUCAGCUUCACCAGCAACGUCAUGUACGCAGUUCUCUACGCGUUCACCCCCGAGGUCUUCCCUACGAGGGACAGGGGUACCGGCAACGCGCUCACGGCCACGGCGAACCGCGUCUUCGGCAUCAUGGCGCCCAUCGUGGCCAUGUACGCAGACUUGUCGACUUCGGUGCCCGUCUAUGUCAGCGGCGCGCUGUUCAUCGUUGCUGGGAUUGUAGUCUUGACGCUGCCGUUCGAGUCGAGGGGAAAGGCGAGCUUGUGA